AUGCCCCAUUCCCAAGUCGGCCCAAGUCGGGCCAAGUCGGGCCAUGUCGUGCUGAGGCCUGACUUUACAGCGGCACAGCUGGACUACAAGCAGCUGCAGAACACCGAUCGACAAGCCAAGGUGGAUUUCUUCGAAUUGCUUUUGGCAAAAGCAGGCCACGCCAUCAAAGCGGCUGGAUGGAACGACAAGGUGCAGCCGCUGAAAGUGAGCGCAUCUGACAUCCUUGGUGGCAAGAACACCGUGGAAAGCAACCGCUUGUUGCAGCUUCUGUGCUACUUGGGGCUCAGGAAGAAGCUGCAAAACGUUGGCAGCUUGGUAGAUGUCGAGGACCAAUACGUGACAAAGCUGUCAAUCGCAUGGAGCGAAAAUGGCCAAGACUGGACGCCUCUCGCAGCCAUGGGAGAAAGCAAGCCUUUUGUUUUUGAAGGAUGUGGUGACGCAGAGACGAUUCGUUUUGUGCCCCUCGGGGUGGCGCAACCACCGCGUGCUGUGCGGCAUAUACGGCUGCAACCUUUGGAAUGGCACAACCAUCCAGGACUACGUUUGGAGGUCUUCGGGUGGACUGAUGGCAAGCUCCAGGUGGACACGCCAAUUCCGAGGUCUCUCCGCGACAAAGCUUGCCGGUUAGACGUGGUGCGCCGCUGUGGUGAGUUGUUGCAAAAGAGCUUGGGCCUUGCCAGCACAGCCGCGCACGAGCGGUGGAGAGAAAUACAACGAGCAGAGGAAGAAAAAAAUCAACAGGCGUUGGCCGAGAGGACCCAGGUGGAGCAGCAGCUCCAGGACACCAUGGCACAGUUGGAUGAGAUGCGAAAAGCCUACAAUCUGCUUCAAGAGCAGGCAGCCCACAGUGAGCAAGAGCUGGCUGAUGCGGAAGCUGAGAGGCUUCGCUUGGGAGUCGAGCAGGACAGCACCAAAGCUCAAGUGGAAGCUCUUGAGGAGAAGUUGGCUCAAGCCAUCCAGGAAGCGUCCGAAGAGAGGGAGAAGGUGAAAGACGCUGAGAAUAAGAUCGAAGAGAUGAAAGCUGUGAAUGAGGAUUUGCAGCAGCAGAUCGGCGUCCUCACUGAAGAGCGCGAUAUUGCUCGUGGAAAAGAAGAGGAACUCUUCGACACUCUGGCAGCCAAGGAAGAGGAUUUGACCAACACCAACGAAGGAUACGUGUACCUCACAGACCAACUCAACGAAGUGAAGGAAGAGUAUGAGGAGAAGGUGGACGACUGUGAACGGAUGAUUGAGAAUCUGACAGAACAAAAUAAGAAGCUUCUAGAUGAAG